CGAUGCGCAGGUUGCUCCGUCCUUAGCUGCAAUCAGCGCUGCGGCGUACCCAGGCCGUGCGCGACCACUUUUCGCGCCCCACGAGCCCCACGACCAUGUGCGCUAUGGUCUGGUGGUCCGUUGACGACAGCUGAAAAUAUGUCAAGUCUUACGUUGUGAUUUAGAUCGGGUACCAGAUGACCGUGGCCUCGUUGUCGCUCGCAGUCCCGGCUGGAGCUCUAUACAACUUAUAAAGCGAACAACAUCCGAUGAAAGUCUUUCCGGAGCUCCCCUCUGUCUACUUCGGCACUGUCGACUGGAGGAUGCAUCGGACACUUGUUGCACUUGCAGCUACCCUCGAGCUCGCCUUGGCCGUCGAUCCACUCGUCAACUUGGGAUAUACUCAAUACAAGGGUAUCGCGCUCUCGAAUGGUGUCAGUCAAUGGCUCGGGAUGCGCUUCGCCGCACCACCCACAGGCGACUUGCGGUUCAGCGCACCCGCCGACCCACCGUCGAAUGACACAGUUCAGAUAGCCAACAUGCAUGGGCCAUUGUGCUUCACCACCGGCGCAGGCUAUCCUCAGUCAGGCCACUCCGAAGACUGCCUCUUCCUGGACAUUUACGCCCCUUCAAAUGCGACGACAAACUCCAAACUACCCGUGAUGUUCUUCAUCCAGGGCGGUGGCCUCAACGAACUCGCGAAUGCAAAUUAUAACGGAUCGCAGCUCAUUGAGGCUGCCGACUUCGAUAUGAUCGUCGUAACUCACAACUACCGCGUCGGUACAUUCGGGUUCUUGGCGAGUGCGGAAAUUCAGGCCAAUGGUAGCAUCAACAACGGGAUCCUAGAUCAGAGGAAGGCGAUGCAGUGGGUGCAAGACAACAUCGAACAAUUUGGUGGUGAUCCGGAACAUGUUGUUCUCAGCGGCGACAGCGCCGGCGCCCAAUCUAUCACCAUCCAUUUGACUGCGUACGGAGGUGUACACACAGACCUCUUCCAUGGUGUCAUAGCCGAGUCUCAAUCCUUCCCGCCCGUCUUCAACGUAUCAGGUAAUCAGUAUGCGUACGACGCGCUCGUCGAGAGGACUGGCUGCAACAACGAGUCGGACACACUGGCUUGUCUCCGAGCUCUGGAUAUCGCUGUACUUCAGAAUGCGAGUGUUGUAAUAUCUUACCCUGGAAGGAACAACACUCCAAACUACCUGUAUGGCGCUGCCGUGGACGGCGAUCUGAUUCCGGACAUCCCAUACAACCUCUUCGCACAGGGCAAGUUUGUCGAUGUGCCGUCCGUAUUCGGCGACGACACCAAUGAUGGGACAAUCUUCACUCCGCACGGCCUCAAUUCGACGGAGGAUAUGAACAAUUUUCUGCUGGACAAUUUCCCGUUCCUUACCGAGAACGAUCUGUCUACGAUCGACACCAACUAUCCAAUUGCCGACCAGUUUCCCGACCACGGAGAGUUCUACUUCAACACGGCUUCUGCUUACGGGGAAAUCCGAUAUCUUUGCCCAGGCAUCUUUGUGAGCGACUCGCUCCUCCAAUACAACACACACCCUGUCUGGAACUAUCAGUAUAACGUGACAGACCCGACUGAGCUCAAAGAAGGUCUCGGUGUCCCCCACACGAUCGAGCUCAACGCCAUUUGGGGGUUGAACAGUACGACUGGCAAGCCACCCGCCAGCUACUUUACGACGAACGCCAAUAUCAUCCCCGUCAUGCAGGGCUACUGGACAAGCUUCAUCCGCACGCUGGAUCCCAACACCUUGAGAGCGAGCGGGACAGCGGAGUGGACACAGUACGAUAACGUGCACAGGAUCCUGUUUGAGACCAACCAUACGCGGAUGGAAAGCAUUCCGGAUGCUCAACGCCAGAGGUGCGGUUUCUUGGCAAGCAUUGCCCCCAGUCAGCAACAGUAGAGUAUGAUUGUUCGCUACCAUGGAUUCGAACGGACAGGGCUUUAUAGCGAUGAUAGUUUCACAAAUGCACUCCGGCUCAGAAUUUCACGGGCUGCCUGAAAGC